UGCGAGACGGUUCAGUAUCAGAAAAUAGCGAGUUUCUUGGCCAGUUGCGCGUCUGAAUCCUUCGCUCUAUGCGCUUCGUUCCGCCUAAACUUUUUCAUGUGCUUGAGGAUAGAGGCUGCUGAGAGAGGCUGCUUGGGGCACGUUGAGUGACGAAGAGUCAGCUCCCGUAGCCCUGCUUUAAUCGAGAGACAGAAACGCGGUUUGUGUAGACAGACUCAGAUCAGAUGAUGCCGAAACCGUCCAAGGGCUGUUUCUGAAAAAACAGGAGCUUCCACUGUGCCGUAAUGUGCGAGUUUUUGGCUCUCAGUUUACGCGUGUAGUGGUUUCGUUUUUUUCCUGCAACUGUUGCCGUGUGACACCUCUGGGAAAGCUGUAAGAAGAAAACGAUCGGCUGUUUUUCUGCGUUGCCAUUUCUAUCUUUAGUAGACCUGUGUUCUCUCUGUGCUUUGCCCAUUUGUUUUGCUGUUUAGGCAGAACCCCUGCAGGCUGAGCAUCUCUACAGUCUCCGGAGCAGCAUUCUAUGUAACUCGAAGGAGCUGUAAGGCAAUUCGUGAGAGCGUUGCUUCCUUUACUCGCAGGAAGAGCUCUUUUUUGCCGUCCGCGUUUGCAGACAAGCCGUGCAUCGUGUGAUGAGAAUCCCUGGCGUCUGUGCAGGGGAUCUUCACCGUCCGCUUUUUUUCUGAAGCGCUAAAACGGCAAACUUCCGCCAUGAACAGAUGGCUGUGUUUGCCUCUUUAUGAGACGCCUUUCGGUCGUCGUGUCUAUCCGUUGGUUCGAGUUUGUCCCGCCUAGAUUAGCCUUUCUAUUUCUCGUCCCAGCAUUCAAAUUCCGUAUUCCAGGCAAGGCGAUCCGCCUUCCAUCAUUCGGCGUAGCUUUCUACCGUGGCCGUAGACAGGUCUGUAUCUUCACCGACUGUUUGCCAGAAUCUACGCGGAUUAUUCCUUCCGCUUCUGGACUUCUUCGCUCCUCUCGCAACUGUGAGUCAACACACUCUACAAUUCCUCUUGCGUUUUAGGCGAAGACUCUCGCGCUCUUGCGAAGAAUUCUUUUUUCACCAGUCCCAAAAUGAGCACUCCUAACAACAACUGCUGUUCGGUCUUCUCCCGCAAGUGGUGGCGGGGACCCUGGAACACGCGAGCUGUGCUUCAGCGCCUCCGGCCACGAGAAGCCUUGUUUCUUCGAGAUGAAAAUGCGCACAUUCCUCCGGAAGAUACACCAGACGCACAGGCUGCUGCGGGUUUUUUUCCCGACACCCUCAACCGGACACCCCCAGAGAGUGCCGACACGCGCGAGUCUUUUUCCUCUGCGACAAGUGGACGUUUCGGACGCAGUUUCCUUCGCAGUCGCACGUCCGAACCUCGUCGUGUGGUCAGGCCACGCGCCCGGAGGGGAGUUUCUUCCGUUGUGCUCCCCGUUGAGCGGGACAGGACCACCGUGGGUGGACCUGUCGACGACACGGAAGAAAAGCCCCACUUCGCUCCGCGGGGGUUCUUCGCUGCGAAACUCCUGAGACGCACGCACAGCACGCGUGCACUUUCUUCUCAGCCGGCAGACACUUCGCGAGGCCAGACGCCCUCCCACAGCCCCGCCUCUUCUGCCCCGGCUCUGCCCGAUUCAGGCUCCGUAGAGGACCCCGGAGAAGCCCGACCAGCUGAGGCUUCUGAGACGGCAGCCACAGUAGGCAACUCGCAAGCUUCGCAGGUGCAGCAGACUCCGUCAGUCGCAGAAGGCACUCCUGGGCAAAACAACCCCGGACGGAGUGGCUCUUCGGAGCAGCGGAGGCGAGGACGCAGCCUGCGAUCGCUCUUCAGCUUCCGCUCAAGACGAGAGCGAAGAAGAGGGGGCAGGCGCGAUUCCCGACAAAGCCAAGAACCUCGAGACCCGCGAACAGCCGUGCCAGACACAAGCACGAGUGAAGACACUGCGGUGUCGCAAGCACACGUCCACGGUCCCCGCCGCAGCCACAGCAGCGCGGCGACCGGACCCAUCGUUUGCCCAGUUUGCGCCAACCCCUUCGCGGCGAGUGUCACGCCACGCCAAGUUCUCGUCCACAUCGACGGUUGCUUGGUGGCCCAUCAGCUCAGCGUCCAACUACUCCCGGAACACUGGGAGGGCCUCCAUGGCAUGAACGACACGUGGAAUGAUCGUUUUGGUCGAGUGCGUAACGGUCUGAUUACUUUUGAACCGGAAGGGUCUCAGCUGUUGGAGGUUCCGAUGAUGGUUCUCGCGCCCCCCUCGCGCGAAGAUCGAGAAAACGGUGGCUUGUUUCCCAGGUGUCGGUUGAGGGCGAGCGCGCCUGUAGGGCAUUCCAGGCAUUUUCUUGAGUCGACCCUUCCGCGCGUCUCGGGGGCUCUCGAGGAGACUGCAGGCGUUGGCGGUCUGGAACCUGUGUCGCCACCACGUUCGCCUUCAUCCGGCUCGCUCACGCCGUCACCGCCUCGCCGAGUGCUGGAACGGAGACGCUACCUGGUGCGGCAGCUUCGGCAGAUCGAAUUGCAUGCAGAUCCUGCUCGGCGGCACUUCCUGGAGCGGACGCGCUCCGAGCUUGAAACCCCGGCUCGGUACUUCCCCGGUGCAGUCUCCCACCGCUACCGGUCGACGUUGUCUUUCUCUCCCGAGUUUAUCGCCAGUUACCCUUUGCUUCGCCCAGAAAGAGGCUUAGACACCGACCCCACUGCAGGCGGAAGGGGUGCGUCGCGGAGGGACAUUGCUGCGCCUCGAGGACCUCCCCGGGGCGAGCCUCGCGCGCGGCCAAGCCUCCCGGAGGGACGCAGAUUGGUCCCGACGGGCUUGGCGCCUCCGUGGGGCCCAGAGGCGUUUUUGCGCCGAAACACGAGCGACGACACCACCGACCCUGUCUCUGUUUUUUCGGAGACGAGUCCGACCACCGCUCCGCAGUCGACGCCUGUGUCGGCGAGCGAGAACUUGGGCUCCGACGUGCACGCCCAUUCCGCUGGAGUCUUCGUGGCCGGCUUCAGCGGCGCGAACCAGGACGAGGCGACCCUCCCGGCGGGUGUUCGCGCCGGGACCGUCAGGGACCUCGAAGCCCGCUCGGCCUCGAACUGGGAGGCUGGCGACGACCUCCAACCCGGGCCUUCGUCCCUGCUCCGAGAGAGCCUGGACAGCGUCCGAAGGCGACUUGAGGCGCCACCGAGCGGGAUCGAGCAUGUCGACGCUGGGCGCCAAAACGACGUGCCUGACAGCGCCGGAGACACCCCCGGGAGUCCUAGGGGGGGGCCGGGACCGAUGCCGUACAGCACCCCGUCGGUCGGCAGCGACCGCAGUCCUGGGUGGGGCAGCUCGACUUCGAGCGGACGAGACAGUCGAGGUUUCGGCGCGGGACGCCCCGCAGCCUUCCCAUCUGCGAGACGGGCGCGAAGCGGGUCGAUGGAACCCAAGAGACACCAAGAAGGCUCACAGGGUCGCGCGGGAUCGAGGCGGGGACUUGGGGAGAGCAGAGACGGGCCGGCGGUUCGGCGGAGAGAUGCCUCGGCGAGGGAGGAGGGCAGGCGCAGCGACCCUACGUUGGCUUCUGCUUCCGCAGCGAGAAAAGAAAUUAUGCAGGAGGAACGAGCGUCCAGACGCGAAACCAGCAGACGUCAAGCCCCGGAGCCACCGAUAAAUCCUGACCUUUUAAUUGAUUCACUCGUCCAGCUUACUCGAGGCGAACGGGCUGGAAACGAAGAAGCGAUCGCCAAAAGAGCGUACAAGAGGUUCUUGCAUGCAAAUCGAGACCAGUUCGUGGCGCUUGCCAACUUCCCCUUCAGUGUAAAAAAGGACUGGCUCUACGCGCAGCUCAGCAGCAUGCGUGUUCACUUCGCUAAUGCAUGGGUUGUCAUCGAUGUUCGCCGGGACAGACUCCUUCAGAUGGCUUUCGAUCGUCUGCGCUGUCUGUCGCCUGCCGACUUUCACAAGGAAUUUAAGUUUAAGUUCCAGGGCGAAUGUGGAGCAGAUGCAGGUGGUCCAACUCGGGAGUUUUUUACGCUCAUUUCUCAGAAAAUUCUGGACCCGAAUGCAGGACUUUUCCAAUUUUGCGACGUGGACGAGAUCGCCUACAGAAUCAACCCAAAUUCCGCGGUGAACGAGCACCACCUGGAGUUUUUUCGCUUCGUCGGUUUGAUAUUGGGAAAGGCUCUUUUUGACAAGCAAAUGAUUGGCGCGCCGUUCUGUCGACCUCUCCUUAAACACCUGCUGCAACGCGAUGGAGGGUUUCAAGACCUGGAGUUCUUCGACUCCCAAGUGCAUCGCUCUCUCCAGUGGAUUCGCGCCCACCCCAUUGACGGAGUUCUCGACACGAGCUUCACUGUUACAGAGGAUUUCUUCGGAGAGACAAAGGUGAUUCCUUUGAAAGAAGGCGGCGAGUUCGAGCGUGUGACAGACGCAAACAAAGAGGAGUACAUUUCUCUUAUCGCGCGGCACAAGCUGGUGUACAGCGUGAGGGAUCAGCUGCGUGCGCUGCAAGAAGGUUUCUGGAGUGUCGUCCCCCUUUGCCUCCUGCGCAUCUUCGACGAUCGCGAAUUGGAUUUGCUUUUGAAUGGGCAAAAUCGCGUCGAUGUCGACGACUGGAAGAGGAACACACAGUAUUCUGGAGGAUACUGUGAAAGCGACCCGAUUAUUCAGUGGUUCUGGGAUGUCGUUGGAAACAUAUUCAACGACGAAGAGCGAGGACGCCUUCUUCAGUUCUGUACAGGGACAAGCCGGGUGCCGGCAGAAGGCUUUCGUGUGUUAGAGAGUAACCGCGGCCAGCUGGCGAGGUUUACCUUGCAGCCUAUAGAACGAAUACCGGGCCACUCUCCCGCACUUUUGCCUCGUGCACACACUUGCUUCAACCGGGUGGACCUACCGAAAUACAGCAGCCGGGAAGAGCUGCUGCGAUAUUUGAGGAUGGCGAUUGAGGUAGACCACCUGACCGGUUUCGGGGUAGACGAAUAGCCGAGAGGGAUACAGCUCCGAAUCUUAAUGGAAACGAGAGGACAAGAAUCUGACUUCUACUUCCACAAGAACGCGAAUGGACUUGCUGAAAAGAGUGAUGAGCUCAGGGUCAAAGAACCGCCAUAACCGGCGUUUUCCGUGUGGAGUAGAAAGGCUUGUGCGGCACUGUCUUUUCAGUGAAAGAACGCAAAGAACUGCGGUAACUAGAACCGAGAGAGGUGAAAGAGCAACAAGCGUAUAAGGGAACGAUUCGGCCGUUCAAUAGUCUGACACGUGGCUGGUCUUGUUUAUGAGCCUGCUGCGACAGCCUGUUAGACUCGUGUCUGCGCGGUCAGACUGGAGUCUUACACGUUCAGGUAUUACACGCCUGUGGUUUUUCGUCCAACAAGAACGUGACGAAAGCCACCACAUUUUCUUUGGUGAUUUUAAAGAAAGGGAUGUGAUGAUAAGUUAGCUCCAGGGGGUAGGAAACAUUUCUGUUUUGCACCGUUUCUCCGGUACCCUUGGCUGCUAGACCGUCACGAAUUCAGUGAUCCUAUAUCGAAAUAUGUUUACUGGUGACAGGGAUUUCUUUUGGCAGCGGUGACGAUUGCACUUAAUUCAAAUUCGUGAUGAAAAUGGUUUUCUGUCAAACCAGCAUACUGCAAGCCUUCAUUGGUGUUGACUUGCUUUUUGAGCUGGGAAGGCGGUCGCGAACAGAGGGACAGUUUCAUAGUCCCGAAACUCGCUCCUUUGCAUGUUGCAACCAACAUCCGGGUAGCCCUCAUGGUAGGGGUCAUGCGCUGCGGGACCUAAAUCAGGGAACCGGCUGCAGUUAUUUUUGUGUAGCUGGACGAUAAAACGCCCAGAAAAAACGUGACGAGUGAACUGAGAAGCAACCCUGAUAAAGGAGCGAGAAGAUGCUUCUCUUGGAGCAACUACAUCGUUUCAGUUUUAUGGAUCUUCACCGACACCUCUGCAGCUAGAACAUCGUGGCGAAUGCCGACGAGAGGGUGGGAGAAACGAAGAUCAACCUUCGUGUCGCUGGCUGUCACUCAAUUUGUGUUUUUGAGCCGUGCGUUACGAUAAUCAUCUGGAGGCCACCGAAAGAAACGACACUGCCGAAGCUUUCCCGCACACUUGGAGCUGGUACUGAAGACAGUUUCAGCAGAGUCAGAAGUGAACCUGUGGAUUUUGUACGCCGGGUCGGGGAGGGGUGCGAUAGGAGGGGUCCAGACUAGUUUAGUGAGGGUAUUUUUCUUCCUUUUAAAUAGCGGGCUUUUGCCGGGUGGCUUAACGUUCAAGUUGAGACCUUUUGGAAGAAAGCAACUGCACAGCUGAGACAAGCUAUCUUUUUAUGCUUGAAUAAGAAAUGUAGUUCUUGCUGCGGGGUGCUGCCGGACCCCUUGUUAAAAGUAGUGUGCUGGUGCAUCCAGUUUGUUCGUAUGUUUGACCCCCUUGAAGUUUUUCCUCCUGCGAAACACGUGUCGUGCGUGUACUGGUUUCUAGAAACCUCUGUGCGAGUGCAACUUCACUGCGUGUCGCGCACAACUGGAAUCCCACGCAUUCGUUCCAGUUUCUACUCUUCUUUAUAUCACGUUUAACGGCGUGAGAGCCCACUAGCGGGGUAGUAGCAUGCUCCGCUGAGUUUGCGGAUCCGAUAUCGAUAUUCCUAAAUAAGAUUCGACAUAGUGGAGAUGGUGUUAGUGUCUUCCGUUCUCACUGUGUAGAACCUGCAGGGUAAAAUUAACUGUGUCUUUUUGUUAAUUGUCCAAAAGGGGGAAGAGGCCGAACCUCUGCCAUGUUCGGGGGCUUACAAGUUUCAUCGGAGUGUCAUACUGAUCAGAAUUGCCAUUUAUUUCUUUAGAAAGUUCUCUUUUCGUCUUGAUCGUACUGGAAUCAAGUAUGAUGCAGAAUUUAUGCGUGCGCUCUUCUCUAUCUAAUCGGGUUAGAUGCAUAUUUACGCCGUUAUAUUGGUGUUCGUUUCAAUUUUUCCCGUGGAUCAGGUAAUGAGAAAGAAGAAACGAAGCAUAAGGCAUGCGAAGGCACGGGAGCUUGAUUUUCUUGGUGCCAUUACCGGUUGUCACUUCUGAGUACAUGUAUCCGUGUGCAUCUGAAUGGUUUGCGUUUAACGCUUAGAUGCUGUGGCGAGACUGAUGCUCACACAGGGAGCGGAAAUAUGUUCCGAAUAACACUUUUGUUGCCAUCGUUCGACCACAGCGGACACUACAGAAUCGGCUAUGCAGUCAAGCUGGGCCAAUCGGUGGACGCAGUUUACCUGGCGUGGGCAACGCACACCCUCU